UACCGUUGUUGGUCCAUUUCACUGGAAAUUUGCCGCGUGCCAGCGCAUCUUAUUACACAUAGCCAUUCAGGGUUCUUUUCCGGACAACUACUGGUCUGUGUAAUGGCUAUGUUUUUUCGGGGAGAGAGUUUUCGAGAGUUUUUCGUAAGGGUUCUAAACAGAGCACCACAUGUGGUUUAUAUCGUGCCACUUGCAGUUGUUUGUUGUGGUGCUGCCAUAAAGAGGCACUAUGAUCAUCGAGUUGCUGGCGUCGAGCGCGUCUUUAAAUACAAAAAACUUUAUUCAAUCAAACGCCAAGAGGAUGUAGAACUAACGAGCGAGAAUCGUGAUUUAUACAAC